UUUGGGUGUUUGGUUUUGUUAUUUUAAAGUCUAAAAACAGUGUUGUCUGGUGUUUCUUCCCCAUUCCCAAAGAUGCUUAGACGAAGACUUCUAGCGAUUCUUAUCAUCGACUCAUCGAGAUUUAUAUGUUAAUGCUUAGAAGUCAGCUUGUGCAAGUGUAGAAAAUGAAGAGGAUUCUGAAGUCAUCUGUGUCAAGUGCCUCAGCUGGUGUCUCUUUCAAAGCAGCAGCCAUGGUGGCAGCUGCAAUAUUACCCGAAGAGAUGAUAGUGCAAAUCGUGACCAGGCUACCGGUCAAAUCUGUGGGGCGAUGCAGAUGCGUCUGUAAACGGUGGCGCACUCUAUUCUCUGAUCCCCAAUUCGCGAAAUUGCACUUCCAAUGUGCCCCUAAGCAUCAAACCCUACUACUCUCCCGCAACUUUAAACUUGAAAUCCUAAAUUUGAGUUAUAGGCUGUCGUUUGGGAAGGAGUCUCUAGUUCUCCAAAAUCUGAAUGCUCCUUUCGAUCACACGUGGGCUGUCUUUAUAGGCUCCUGCAAUGGGCUGGUAGCAUCAUAUCUCUCCCGUUCCUUCCUGCAACAGGAAAGCCUGUUUAUAUGGAACCCGUCCACCAGAUUCUUUAAGAAAUUACCCAGCCGAGGUAAUACUUCUCAGAUAUCCAUUUUUGGGUUUGGCUAUGUGUCUGCCACCGACGAAUACAAAGCUGUGAUAAAUGCGGAGAUCUUCUCAUCCAAGACUGAAUCAUGGAAACGGAUUGAAAUCCCUCGCUUCCGCAUCGCGUCAUCAUGUGGUGUGCUUUUUGGUGAGGCACUCCAUUGGCUAUUCUAUCCCGAUGUUGAAAGGCAACAGGUUCCAAAUCUGUAUGCUUUCGAUUUGGAGGAGGAGGAGUUUUCAGUAAUGAAGCUGCCUAGUGCUUUUCAAACACUAGGGCUUAAAAACUGUUUUAUAUGCCAGGUUGGUGUUUCUUGUGAAGGGUGCUUGUAUGUAAUGGUCAAUAAUCCGCGGUGGCAUUGUGGUAAGUUGGCCUAUUAUGAAAUUGACUUUUGGGUCAUGAGAGAGUAUGGCAACAGUGAUUCCUGGACUAGAUCGUUCGGCGUAAGGAUUCCCGGUCAGCCUGAGCGGAGGGACUGGUAUCUUCAUCUUCAAGCAAUUUUGGUUAGGGAAGCUAGUGCAUUUGUGAGGAAUAGAUGUCCAAGGGAAGAAGAGAAGCUCGACAUGUCUAUAAUUCAUUAUCGUAAUGAAGAAGAGAACUCCGACAUGUAUAUGCUUGACAAUGAUGCACAAGACAUGGUUGUAUAUGAAGAGAGUCUGUUGUCUUAAAUAGUAUCAUGCCGUGGAGGACUCUAAUCCAUCACAAGGCCUGACAUUUGGGAUGAAUGGUUGUUCUUUGCAUUCCUAGUCCCGGUUAGUUUAAUACUCCCCAUUGCUCAUUGUAGUCUAUGUUUUAUUUCCAAUUCCAAUCCGCGUGAGGCUAGGAGUACUAUCACAGUAUCGAUUGGUGUUUUAAUUUAUGCUUUAAUUUUUUGGAGUCAAGUGUGUUUUGUGAAUGUGAAGUUUGAAACAGAAGAAUACAAAGUUGGUAGUCUUUACAACU